AAAGAUUUCAACAACAUACACGUGCUUACAGUUUAAUCUAGCUUCCCCUUUCCCCUUUUUAAAAACACUCCAAGGCAUUUGAGACAUACUGGCCUUGUAAUCAGACGCGCUAUGGACGUCGUUUCUCGUUUCUCUUCGCAGUUCGCAUACACUGGAUUCAAACGUUUGACGCUUGUAAAUAGUGCUCUGCGAUAUCUUUUAUCUCCUAGUUCACAUACACUUCAUUUUAUACGUCGAGGAUAAUAUCCGCUAGUUACGAUAAGGUUGCGUCGUCAUAAUGGUUCAGCGAGAACUCUAGUGUCUGCCGGUACCAUGGCUUCGGCUGUUGCUGAUGUGAACCAACUUGUUAUUCCGUGCAUAUUCCUGGAUCAGUGUCGCUGCUCAGCAGAGGAGGAAAAUCCGGCCAUCACGAGUAUUGUUUUGAAACAUGGGAAAACGUACCAGUCAAGUCAUUAUGCUGGAAUAUCUAAUAUUCCAACAGUAAUUCAAAGAACCCCAAUGUCUGAUGAUCAAAGGCAUGUUAAAAAAGAUUCUGAAACAAUCAACAAAAAUGCUUCCAAUUCCAUGAAUAAAACACAUGGUCAAAGAACAAGGCGACCGAGGAAUGAAAAACAUUUACGACAAACUGUCCAACCGGCUAAUAAAACGAAUCCAGUUAUUCAGACUUUAGCAGAACCAGAUGUUUUAACUCAAUUCCAAUUCUUAGUAACCGGUUGUGAAACACGUAUUUCAGAGCUAAAAUCUGCCGUGGAUCGGUUAAAGAAAAAUCAGGAAAAUGGGAAAAACAAAGCAAGUAAGCAUCAAGAAAAUAUGCCGCAUGUCAUUAUUCUCGAGUCGAAAAUUGACGAGUUGGAAAUGCAAAAGAAAGGUGCCCAGUUUGGCUUCCAGCGAGCUUCCAUGUGCGCCGAUUCAGAGAUCCGCAAGAAGCGCGAAAUAUUCCGGCUCACUACACCCCUUCCAGCUUUAUCGAAAAGGCAAGAUUUUGAGAAUGCCGUCAAUAAUAAUAAGUUUGUUGUCGUUAUGGGUCAAACGGGAUCAGGCAAGAGUACGCAAUUAACGCAAUAUUUAGCUGAUAUGCCUCAGUUCGAAAGACAGUUUGUGAUUUGCACUCAACCAAGAAAAAUUGCAGCUGUUACUUUGGCGCAAAGAGUUGCAUUUGAAUUUGCGGCAGGUAAAGAAUCAACAGAAUCGAAGAAAUGGGUCGGUUGGCAUGUGGGAGGUGAAAAUCGACUUCACUUGAAUAAUCGCAUCCAAUACAUGACGGAAACUGUCCUUCUAAAUCAACUCACUCAAGCAGAGGUAUCAAAAGAGGAUCCAUUUCAGAAUUGUGCUGCAGUUAUCGUAGACGAAGCUCACAGCCGGACGAUCACUACGGAUGUUUUACUUGGUGUCCUCAAGAGAAAAAUUCAUCUAUGGCCCCAUUUGAAAGUGAUCGUCACCUCCGCAACGAUUGACACAAACUUGUUCUCGGAGUAUUUAGGCGGCUGCCCCGUCAUUGAUAUCCCCGGCCGACUUUUUCCUGUAGAGGUCAUUUAUCGCCCUUUUGACCGUGAUAACGGUAAAGUCAUCGAAGCUGUGGUCAAACAGGCAAUCACGAUUUGUAACGAACAUCAGUCUGGGGAUAUUUUGUGUUUUUUAUCAGGACAAAAUGAAGUAGAAUGGGCAACGCAAAAGUUUUCAGCGUCUGUCAAACCCAGCGCUUCCAGGGCGAAAAAAAUUGUCGCUUACUCUUUGUACGGAAAGCAAACGCCCGAAGAACAACAAUUGGUGUUCCAAAAAACGCCAGAUGUGCAAAAGGUCAUCUUUUCUACCGACAUAGCCGAAACAUCGGUCACAAUCGAUGGCGUGAAAUUUAUUGUGGACAGUGGACUGACUAAGAAUCUAGUUUUUGACAGCGCUCGGAAUAUCACGAGCCUCAAGGAAAUGAUGAUCUCAUCGGCAUCUGCUGAACAACGCAAAGGAAGGGCAGGUCGAACAGGACCAGGCAUCUGUUACCGGAUGUAUGGCGAAGACGAAUACAAUUCCCUGGCAAAGUAUGACAAAGCGGAAAUAUUCUUACGUCCUUUGAGCAUCACCGUCACCUUAUUGAAGGCGAUGCGGGUCGAUCCGAUUGAUUUCCAUUGGCUAGAAAAGCCUGACAGUGUCGCUCUAGAGGCAGCCACUGAAGAAUUAAGUUUGUUGGGAGCAUUGGAUCACCGACAAAAUCUUACUCCGCUUGGCCAUCUCAUUGGUGAUCUGCAGAUUGAUCCAGGGAUCGCUCAUAUGAUUUAUUACUCCUGUUCCAAAGGGCUUGGAAAAGUGGCAACCAUUUUAGCUGGCCUCUUCUCUGUAACGAGCAUGGUGUUUUGGCGUGGCGGAGAUGAUGAAACUCGCCAGGCUUCAGAUGAAGCCAAGAAGAAGUACUUCAGUGAUAGAGGAGACAUAUUUUCUAGUUAUCAGGUCUUUACUGAAUGGCUCACGCGAAAAGAAGCCGAUCCUUCUCUGAAAAUUGCCAAAGCGUGGUGUAUGCAAAACUACAUCAACAAUAAAGCAAUGAAUAUGGCUAUGUCGACUUCUCAUGAAAUCCAAUUGCAUCUCAAGAGAAGCGCUUCUCACAUUUGGAAGAAAACCAAUCAGGAUCGGCAGGCGACCGAGGAAGAACUUCAAAAACUAAUCGCCCAGGCCUUCGUUCUAAACGUUGCCUAUCAAGUCAAUAAAAAUUACGUGGCUCUCAGAGCGGAUACUAUGACAUAUGUGCAUCCUGGUUCGGUUUUCUUUCGCCAUAAAGAACCACCUCAAGUUAUAAUAUACCAAAGUAUUCUGCGGACUUCAAAAACGUAUGCCUUGCAAAUAACGCCUAUUGAUAUGGAAUGGAUUCGUCAAGAGAACGGAGCCCUUCAUGCCCUUUACGAAGAGAGAGCCACUCAGGUCAAUAUUAAAGAAACUCGGGUCACUCCAGUGUCUCGGGGAAUUCUCCGUUUUAUUCUCGGCCCGGCCAAUCGCAAUGUGGAUGAACUUAACCAAGAGCUCGACUGUCUAGUUCACAGUGAUUACGAUAAUGACGCCCUUGUUGCUUGGUGUAAACCACACGCAUGUAACUUCGUUAAUAGUGAAUUAUCGCGUAAAGUGGAAUCCAGGAAGACGGAACUAGAAAUGGAGAUAAGAGAAGAUCCAGUUGUCGGAGAAACGCGAAUCGUCUGGGGCUGUGGUGGAGAAGCCAAACUAUUGCUGUUUUAUGGCAACUACGUCGGCAUCAACGUACGCAACGUGCUCAAUUCGUGGAACUUGUCAGAUGUGGACAUAAUUGUCCGUCAAAAAUUAAGCCAGUCUACAAAGGAUUCAUUCCGGAAUGUUUUCUUCUUGCCAAAAAAUUCCGAUCAACAGAAUAAGACUGCCCGAAUUGUAUUUGACGAUCCCUAUAAAGCUGCCACUGCUCUUCAGGAACUAUCGGCCGGUGGUGGUCUUCGGGGUAGACUGGAAUGUUCUCCUGCUCUUAGUAACCGCCCGUCAGUCUAUAAAGAGUCGGAAGCUUGGUUGACCAUCACUUUUGCCAUUGCACCGUCACUGAACAGUUCCAUCAUCAUGUACAAUUCAAUGGAAGAUGCGAAUCUUACGAUACGUCUAGGAUGUCUAGGUUUCCGCCCUUCAAAAUCUAAAGCUCCCCAUAACAGCUCGUCAAUUUACAAUCCAACAGAAGAAGGUGGAUAUUUCAUCAAACAAGCCAAUCCUUUCAAUGUUAGGAUGACAUACGUUCUCUACGCCAAUCGACUUCCUGCUAUGUUUGAUGAAGUAGACGUGGAAAACGAGCUCAACAGGUACGGAUGUCCAAAGCUAACUUACAUCAAAAUUAUUCGAGGAGGUGAAUUGAAAUUUGAACAUCCUCAUUACUUACCUUCAACCACGACGGACGAAACGGAUUUAAUACUUGACUACGCCAAGAAUAAUGAACUUUUACCGCUUUCGGAUAAAGUUAUGAGGACUUUUGUUCGCAAAGAUUCCAAACGGAAAACGGUUACCAUCCGCGCCAGAUAUGAAUCGAUGGACCAAAUUGAAAUGAUUUACAUAUCUAGAUUGUGUGCUAGCACACUCAUAAAUCAACGGGUCAGAUUGAAAGCUCAAAUCAAAACAAGCCUCAGACUGGAAAAGAAUUUGUGGGAAUUCCGACAAAAAGAAAUCGAAGAAUAUGUGAAAAAUCUGAAAACAAAAGAUGUCUUCUGCAAGUUCGAAACUAGGCCAACCACUCAUGUGUGGCUUCAUCUAGAAGUCCCGCGGGCGGAAAACAUUGAUGAUAUUCGCAAGAAAUUGGACGAUUUCCUACAAUUUCGGUUCUACAGAAACAAUGAGUUUCAGCUGUUUUUCACUCACCACGGUCAGAAACAGCUUUCAGCUUUCGACGUCAAACCGGGAUAUCUUCACCUCAAUGCUGCCACUAAAGCGAUUCGAAUUUAUGGCACCGAGACGGAACGGCAAGAAAUCAGCAACAAAUUGGACAAUCUAGUUGAAACUCUCAAGUUACUUCGCAUCGAUGUUCCCCUGAUUGUUCGCAAGACUAGUUUGAACGUCGUGGGAAAAAAUUUGGCUAAGUAUCGUAACCCCGGAUUACGUGAUGAGCUCCGGUUGUUGUACAACCGCCUGUACGCAACCGGUACGGAAGAUGGAAUUGAAAAACUGAAAUACGAUUUGAAAGAUCACAUUAUUCAACCGAGAGGCGACAUUGACAUUGGGGAUUGCGGGCUAUGUUUUUCUCCGCUAGAAAAUCCUACAUUUCUUCAGAUGUGCGCCCAUAAAUACUGCUCAGAAUGCAUUAAGCACAUGCUUAACCAAGAAACAGUCCCAUAUCCAAUUAUAUGUCCAGCUGAAGGAUGCGGGGCCAAGGUUUGCUUAAAAGACAUUCAAGCGAUCGCUCCAGCUAAUGUCGUAGAAAAAAUCGCUGAGACUGCUAUUAAUGCAAUACUGCUUGACCCAAAAUCUAAGGACAAGUACCAAUCCUGUUUCAAAACUGGAUGUGAACAGUACCUACCAAUCAAGGAGUCGAAACUUGAAGAGAAAGAGCAGAGAGUAAGUGGCGGAGACACGGUCUUUUGUGAUCAAUGCAAUCUUCAUUACUGUCGUACCUGUUGCAAUACGUUGAGGAAACCCGUUGAACGCCAUAGAGGAGUUACGUGUGCUGCAAACCAAUUGGGUGAUAACAAAGAUGUAGGUUUUCACCGCCUUUACAUUCUGGACGAAUUGUGCAAUUUACGUUGUCCUCGUUGCAGAGCGGUUUUUGUCGAUUUUGUUGGCUGCUGCGCUCUCUAUUGCCCAUGCAAAGCGGGUUUCUGUUUCUUCUGCCUUGAGGAUUGUGGCAAUGAUGCUCAUAGUCACGUAAGAAGUUGUCCGAAGAAUACCGGUCAGGGAGUAUUUAUAAGUGCCUCGCAGAAAAACACUGUGCACAGGGAAUCGAGGAAGAGAGCCAUCGUCCAGUAUUUGAUGAGAACGUGUUCUGAUCGUGGACUACGCUCUUCAGUCCUUCACUCAAUCGAAAGAGAUUUAAAAGACUUGGAAAUCAUCAUCAAUCCUAGUGAAGUGAAUCUGUCUGGUUUCACGCCUAUAGCCGACACGUCCAAACAUCGCCAACAUAUUUUAGAAGAAAUUUGCACAUUGCGAUGCCCACGCUGCCGCACAGCCUUUUUCGACUACGAAGGCUGCUCGGCCCUGCAAUGCUGGAAUCAACAAUGCAAAACCCAUUUCUGUUUCUUUUGCCUCGAGGAUUGCGUUGAUGACCAGAGAAAUCACGCUCACGUCAUCAGAUGCCCGAAGAACGUCGUUCCCGGCCAACUUUACACUCCUACAGAUCAAAUUGAAAUGGUAAACUGCAAGCGUCGCAAGGAAGGAAUAGUCAAGUAUUUAAUGUCGCAUUGCCCGGAUCCUACUGAACGUCAAGCAGUCAUCGACUCGGUGUCGAUUAAUUUGAAACACUUAAAUAUUGUCAUCCGCCCUGAAGAUUUCACGCCUCCAGCUACUCGAGUACCACUUCGUCCGUUUGAAUACCCCAGGCCAGUAGAUUAUAGACCCGUUCCUCGAGUACCUCCUCGCCAUGUUGAAAUCGACAGGCCAGUUGAUUAUAGGCCCAUUCCACAAUAUGUACCUCAACGACCGUUGGUUCUUGAAAGACCAGUAUUUCCUCCAGUGGUUCCUGAAAGGGUAGUAUUCCCUCCAGUGGAACCCAUUAGACGUGCUCCAAUGCCUCAACCAGCCGAAAGACCACGUCAACCAAAAAAGGACUGUGUAAUUUUAUAGAACUUUGCGCAGAUAGUCCGGUAAUUCUCUUAUUGUUAAACAAAGAAACGGUGUUUUUUGUUUGGUUUUUUGGCGGUACCUUUCUUUACAUUUAUCAAAUAUAAUCUUCUAGCAAAUCAUUCGUUUGCUCAACACUUGAA